AUGCAACCUCAAGGUCGCACUAUGCAAAAUCAACCGCCGUGUUACCUCGAUUUCGUCACACCAGAAUUCUACCGUAGCACAAAAUCGACACGGACUCACGAUAUAAAAGAAUUAUUAUUCGAAUCGCGAAUGUUACGUGAACUACCAGAAUCAUUAUGGUUACACCGAAUGUCCUAUUGA